AUGCUGUUCACGGCGAGCUCUCUGAUGCGGUUCGUCGCUGGACAACUCUCGAUGGGACUGAAGAGGAUAUAUAAAAAUGGCACCCACGCUUUGAAGGACAAGGGACGACCAGAGGACCAUAUCGAUAUCCGGAUUCAGGAAAACAUCUCAGCUGCGGAAAACUAUAUCGCCCUCAACGAGCUGAUACCCUGCUGCUGGCAGCUCUCUCCCAUCACCUCCUUGCAGCAACCGUUUGUGACAUUUUCGGAGCUAGAGCUGGCCCGUUUCUUUUGGAAGCGACCUUUGUUAAAGCAGAGACUGGUCGAGCUGACCCUCUCUGACGAAGACAGCACAGUCCCCACAUCUAUUAGGGAUCUCGAGAACUGGAUCAGAGGAAGUGAGCCUGGGGUUAUCAUCAAGAACUUUAUCUCCGAGAUUGAUCCUGUUGGGCUCUCGAACUGUCAAAAGCGCAAGGCUGGUCAUCGCGGUGCCAUCAAGCUGCUCUCCUUGGAUCAGAUUCGGAACCAUUUGUAG